AUGAAGACCUGGGCCGAUUCCAACAACGGCACGAAUGACGACGGCUAUGUCGGUCACAGUUACCAAGACAUAUCCUGGGACGACGCCACUUGGAUCAUGACCAGUUCUUUCAUCAUCUUCACGAUGCAGUCAGGUUUCGGCCUCCUAGAGUCCGGCUGCGUGACACGCAAGAACGAGGUCAACAUAAUGGUGAAGAAUGCGGUGGACGUGGUGUUCGGUGGUCUAGGCUACUGGAUGUUCGGCUACGGCUUCAGCUUCGGCCAGGACCGCGGUACCAACCAGUUCAUCGCCUUCGGAAAGUUCUUCCUCGACAGCGACGAGAAGGAGAUGGGCGUCGUCUUCGCCACCUAUAUCUUCCAGCUGUCGUUCGCCACCACGGCGACGACCAUUGUGUCGGGCGCCAUGGCGGAGCGGUGCAACUUCGUGGCAUACUGCAUCUUCUCGUUCUUCAACACGGUGGUGUUCUGCCUGCCGGCGGGCUGGGUCUGGGGACAGCACGGCUUCCUCAACAAGCUGCGCGUGGUGGACAUCGCCGGAUGCGCGCCGGUCCACCUGGUGGGCGGUGCCUCCUCCCUGGUGGCCGCCGCCAUGCUCAAGCCCCGCCACGGUCGCUACGACCACGGCAUCGAGCCGCCGCCCAUGGGAUCGCCCACCAACGCGCUGGUCGGCAUGUUCAUGCUGUGGUGGGGCUGGCUGGGCUUCAACUGUGGGAGUACCUUCGGGGUCUCCGGUCACAAAUGGAAGUACGCUGCGAGGUCGGCCAUAGUGACAAUAAAUUCCUCGGUAGGAGGCGGGAUCACCGCGCUGGUUUUCAGUUACGCGGUGAACAGCCGGAAGUUCUCUGUGAUCAAGCUCAUCAACGGAAUUCUCGCUUCUCUCGUAGCCAUCACAGCCGGCUGCGCCCUGUACCACCCGUGGGAAGCCGUGGUGGUGGGAUCGGUGGGCUCCCUGCUGGCCAACGUGGGCAUGCCGCUGCUGGACUGGCUGCGCGUGGACGACCCCGUGGGUGCCAUCGCGGUGCACGGUCUCAGCUCCGUGUGGGGCAUGCUGGCCGUCGGUCUGUUCGUCGAGCGAGACACGCUGCUGCGCCUGAGCCGAGGAGGCGCCGGCGUGUUCCGCGGCGGCGGCUUCUACUUGCUCGGGGUCCAGGCGGUCGCCGUGGUCGCCAUCACCGUGUGGAGCUGCGCGGCCACGUUCGUCAUCCUCUGGGUAAUCAAUCGCAUCGUUCCCAUUAGAAUGUCUCUGGAGGAAGAACAAAUCGGGGCGGAUUUCGUCGAGCAUGGCAUUCAGUACCUUCAGAAACCAGAACAGCCAAAGCCUGGCGCGGCGAUAGCGACCAUCAGCAAUGGAAAAUUCAAUACCGGUGAAGAACGCACCGCAGUGGCCCCAUCGGAACAGCCUGUCGACACUGCGGCACGUCGACAACAGCGUCCACCUCAGCAGGCUUUCCUGGACCGCCAGCGAACUUCCAGUGCUACACAAACAGAGGACACGCCGAAUGGCCGCCCUGCAGUGUUACAGCGGUCCAUGGAUACUGGAUAUCAAACGUGGAGAAGGCCUGUUCCCAGGCCUGCCUGGUCGGAGACAGACUCCACGUGACCGCCUGUUCUCGGAACAUUGUGUUUGAUGACGUUCUGAAAUACGUGGUAGCAGCUUUGGGCUUGACAGUUGACAGCUGCAGAACUUUACCUUUGUGCGUGGCCCAGGAAGCCAAAGGAGCAAAGACACUCGCCAUUCGCAAUUGCGUUCUUGCAAUGUCUCUAUUCUUGUGCGUCUCGCAUUGCCAUUGCCUCAGACAGAUUCUAUGAAGGCGUCUAAUGCGUCACAUGCACAUCUCGGCGUGCUUAGUGAAACGUGGCUAACUAAGGCUUAGCUAAUGCGUGCAAGGCUACGUUAUAUCGUUUCAGCGAAGUGAGUUUUGAUAGCUCUUUAUAAAUCGGAUGAGACAAAAUGCCAUGUUCUGUUUCUCUCCUCAGAGCAGUGAUCGGUGCAUUUUAGACCACUAGGAAGGUGCUGCCGGUGUUAAUAUAUCGUGCGCCCAACUUUGUAACUGACUCAGAGACUUAUUUCUACUGCACAUUGAGCAGUGAAGUGUUCCAGAAAGAUUUAUCACCUUGACUGCAACAGUUAAGGAUCCUUGCUUAGGCGACAACCAAACAAUAUGGUCUUAAUAAAAGCAAACCACCAGAAAUCAUGCUGCGUUAUCUGUAUUGCUUACAUGCGUUUUUUUUACAAGUAUUUUGUUACGUGUUCAACACACAUGUAAAUGGUGGCUAAGUAAAAAAAAUCAUAACAUAUUUCUAAAUGU